CUGAAGGCUUCGUCGGCAGGGCUGCCGUGCAUGGCUGCCGUUCUGCAGCGGGUGCUGAUGCUGGUGCUGUGUCUCGAACUGGCGGUGGGGUCCCUCAGGUUUGAGGAUCGUUUCCAGCCGAACUGGGCGCCUGAUCACGUAAUGUACGACGGCGACCUGAUCGAGCUCCGCCUCGACAAUUCCUCCGGUUGUGGGUUUGCCUCCAAAAGCAAAUACCUGUUUGGCAGCGUCAGCGUGCAGAUAAAACUCGUAGAGGGCGACUCUGCUGGAACGGUGACCGCGUUCUAUAUGUCAUCGGUCGGCGAAGGUCACGACGAACUCGAUUUUGAAUUUCUCGGCAACGUCUCCGGCGAACCGUACAUAGUUCAGACAAACAUCUACGUCAAUGGCACCGGAAACAGGGAGCAGCGCCACUACCUGUGGUUCGACCCAACUAAGGACUUCCAUUCCUACUCAAUCCUGUGGAACAGACACCAAAUUCUGUUCAUGGCGGAUAAUGUUCCAAUCCGGGCGUUUAGAAAGCAGCAAGACACAAUGCUGCAACUCCCUUUCCCAGACAGCAAGCCAAUGUGGGUGUAUGGAUCAGUUUGGAACGCCGAUGACUGGGCAACGCAAGGAGGGAGGGUGAAGACCAACUGGAGUGAUGCUCCUUUUGUUUCCCAGUUCCGCGGCUUCGAGAUCGAUGCCUGUGAGGUCGGGGGAAUGCCUGCUGAUCAGAGAAGUGAUGAUGGUGCCACGGAAAGAGGCAGAUGCGCAGAUGCUGAGACCGGGUUCUGGUGGGAUACGCCGGCCAAGGCAACCCUUAGCCCACACCAGGUGCGCCAGCUAAAGUGGGUAAGCAGAAGGUACAAGAUCUAUGACUACUGCAGAGAUGCUGCUCGCUUUGUUGUUAAACCAGUUGAAUGUUAAGCUCCAUAUUGGAUCCUUUCCAAUGAAAUCGUGAUUGGAGGGGACUCCCACCCUUUAUUAGAAAAGGGUAAGAGUAUGAACAGAAAUAAUACAAAAGCACUAAAAAAGAAAAGAGAUGCGCAGCAUCAAAACCAAUGAAGAAACAGGUAAUCCAAACACAGAGAGCAACCAGACAAUAGAAUCCAGGGCACCAAUAACAACCUCAAGCAAUCACACCUACAGAGGAUCAACCAAAUUCAGAUCUACAAUCUGUUUCUGUAUUGCAGCAAUCGUUGGCCAACAAGUGCUGAGAGCAGAUUAUUGUUCAGCUCUAUCGACGAAGCCCUCUCCUCCAAAAAAUUUCUACUCCACAGGCCAUGACCUCUUACCACUCAACGUCCAAUUCAACCUCUUUUUCCAGACUGCAUUAUUAGCAUUGAUAGACAGAAAUCCACCCUCCCCACCUGUUGCAUUCAAUCCACACUCUAGCAUUGAAAUUCUGACGAAUCCUUUAUUUCACAACCACAUCAGAGCCAGUGCAAAGCUGAAAAUUGUUACCAACUGGCCAUGUCUUGAGAGAUUCGAUUCUCACACUGAAAUUAAGUCCUAACCAAUAACGGAUCAAGUCCAAGGAAAAAAGAGUUGAACCCCACUUUUAAGAGAGAGACACAAUGGAUGCUCAUAACAGAAGAUACAUUGGAAAAUGAGUUAAGACCCAACGCAUUUUAAGACUGAACUUUCCAAUCCCUUUUCCCCUCUAUGAUCUAUCAAUUUUAGCAACUUUAGAACGGAGAAAAGCAUUAGAAAAAGUUAGAAAAAAAAAUGAAGAACGAAGAAAAGAGAAAAGCUGGAAAACCCAGUAUCAAAAUGAGAAGUUUAAUCCACAUCAACAAAACGUGGUGAACGAAUUUGAGAAAUGAAGAAAGAAAAAAGACUCGUAUAAACUUGGGAGUCCACAAAACGUCAAUGAUGCAUUCUUACUCUUAAUCCCCUUAUAUCUCAAUAGUGCGUCAAGUUAGGGAUACAUAUCGUAGCUCAUUUUGAAUCGUAAUACACAGUCCCCAGAAUUUGAGCACAAGCGUUAGCUCGAGUACAGCACAUAUCGAACUCUAUAUAA